AUGUAUGAUUACCGGUUAUUUUGUCGAGAUCAGGAUUCAUUUCAUAUUAAUCGAUCAUCAUGUACGAAUGGAAUGGUAUGGAAUUUCUCCACUCUCGAACAAAACGACUUCAAUACUGACGAUUUACUGAACUGGCAAAUUCCCUUUGAUGUUGUUGAACGUUAUGCAGAUUAUUUGAAUACAGGUUCAACAAAUAGCUUCAUCUGUAAUUGUACAUAUGAUCGAAUUGGAUCAUCAUGUCAAUACAUACUAUUUCCUGACCUACCUACUAUCAACGAAGUAUUAAAAAAUCAACUCCUUCAGCCACAUGAACGUGAAGGUGAGCUUCCAGCAUGUUUAAGUGAUGGUAUUGAAUGUAACGCAGGUUUACUUUGUUUGGAAUGGCGGCAAGUAUGCGAUGGAAUACCUCAUUGUGAUAAUGGUAUUGAUGAAGCUCAAUGUUACUUGCUUGAAUUUCAAAAGUGUGCAUUGGACGAGUUUCAAUGUCGAAAUUCAAUGUGCAUACCACUUGAAUUUCUCUUCGAUGGUACAGUUGAUUGUAUGGAUGGAAGCGACGAACAAGAAACACGUAAGCUGAAAGAAGUUUUUGCAAAUUGUCCGACGAAAUCGGCUUUGGAAUGUGAUGAAAGAUUAUGUCGCAAGGAUGAAUUCAGUUGUAGUGAUGGGCAGUGUAUUUCCUGGUCAAACUUGAUUCAUCAUCAGGAUAGUUGUAAGAAUGCUCGUGAUGCUGCUUACCACUGUGAAACGAUCGAAAAAUUUGCAACAAUGCCUAGUGGUGUUUGCCGAUACAAUGGUCGAGAUGAACGAAAUCAAAACUAUGAAAUGAUUCAACCAUAUCGCUAUCGAUGUUUGGAUGCAUUGAUUACACAAUAUGUUAGCUACCAGCAAUUGGGUAAUGAAAUAGAAGAAUGUUUAGAUGGAAGUGAUGAACUUUCGGAUGAACUACAUUGGCCCUUCUUUCGAUGCGAAUUUGAAACUGAAUAUCCUUGUUGGGUAUUCCGUGGUACCGGUCUUGGCAAUGACAAUCGUGUCAAAAAUGUGCGACUUCUUUUUCAUCGACACUGUGAUUCGAUCUGGGAUACAAGAGACGGUCGAGAUGAGAAAAAUUGUUCACAAUGGAUUUGUGCUUUCGGAAUGUAUCAAUGUCAAGGUACUGGACAAUGCAUUAAUCGAACACACUUGUGUGAUGGAGAAUUUGAUUGUGAUAAUGGUGAAGAUGAAUUAAAUUGUUCAAUGGCAAAACUUCAUUGGUCACUCGAAGAUCAAUGUAAUAAUUCAAAAGAACACUUUUGUAUUACAUUAGAAUUUCUUUCGAAUCAAACAUUGUAUCGUCCGUGUAUACAUUAUUCGAAAGCAGGAGAUAGACAAAUCGAUUGCAUUGGUGGAAGAGAUGAACGUAACGUUUUUUCAUGUUCAGAUCAUCGAAUGUUGGGUGAUCGUUUUCUAUGUGACAAUGCAACAAAAUGUUUACAUCAUACAGUCAUUUGCAAUGGUAUUUAUGAAUGCAUGGAUCAAACAGAUGAGCUUAUUUGUUUGUGGAAUCGAUCUAAUUGUGCCACUAGACAGUUUGCUUGUUCCAAUAAUAGUACCUGUCACAAUGCUCGUUGUUAUUCGAACCAGACUUGUUCAAAAAAUGAACAUUUAUUAUGGUGUCCAAAUUCACCAAAUCCACUAGAAACUGUCUACCGAUCAAACAAGAUUCGCCGUCUUUCUAACUACAACUCGUUUUGUAAUAAUUUUCCACUGACUUUUACACCAUCGACCCCAACUCCUAGAGAUACCGGUUCGAAAAUCAAAUUGAAUUCUUCGCUUCAUGGAUUUUGCAAUCGUGGUUUCUUUUUGAUAACUGGUGGUGACAAACAGCUCUCCUGUUUUUGUCCGCCAAGUUUCUAUGGAAACCAAUGCCAGUUUAAUCGUCGGCGUAUUACUGUACGCAUUCGUUUUGAUCGAAGACAUCGCUCAGACAUACCACCAGUACUUCACGUUCUUGUUUUUUUAUUAUAUAAUGAAACUUUGAUAAUCGAUCAUCGAAGAUUUGUCGAUGUUGAUCAAGAUUUUCCACCGAAGCACAACGCGUACUUACUAUACUCUCGUCCCAAUUUGACUGGUAACUAUUCAGUUCGAUUAGAAGCUUAUCAUGGUGUUGAACUAGUAUGGAUCUGGGAAUAUUCAAUCAAUACAAUAGGAUUUCUUCCUGUAUUUCGAUUAGCCAAAAUACUUCGAUUUCCUGAUCGCUCUUUACCAUGGCUAUGUCUUAACAAUCUUUGCCAGAAUAAUGGAACAUGCUAUGUUAUCGUUAAUCAGAAUCUAAAUGAGUAUUUAUGUCUUUGUCAACAUGGUUGGAAAGGUAAACUGUGUAAUGAAUCUCUCGAACAAACGAAAUGUGCUUUACACGCUCUUGUCCGCAGUGAGGAUGUAUGCGUCUGUCCACAUGGAUAUCUUCCACCUCAUUGUUUAGUUCGUAAUACUGUUUGUGACCAGAAAUCUAGCGCAUGUUCGUCAGAUGAAAUUUGCUCACCUUUCUCUGUUUUACCUCCACAUGGAUACACAUGUUUGUGCAAUGGAUCGAAAACGUGUAAACCACCAGAAUCUAUUCUGAUACUUAAUCGACGACAGGCCAACGAGCAAGCAUUUCUUCUACAGCUACUACAAUUCUCCUCCGACUAUCCACGGCUACGACAACAAAUUUUGGUGCCAAAAUCAACUGAUUUUCCUGUUAUGGAAUUGAUCAAUUCACGAGACGUGAAACAUAGCCGGAGUGUACCAGAAAUCGGUCUCUUGUAUACAUUUGAAUCGCAAACGUCCUUCGUCGCUGUUUAUCUUAGUAUUCUUUAUAUAAAUUGUAGCAACACAUUGCAAAAUUUAAAUAUCGAUCUUGAUUUACAACCUCUACAAUGUACUGAAAUCUCCGAACAUUCAUCCGUCAAACUUUUGCACACUUACUGUUCUCAGUCUGACCAUCAACCGUGCUUCUAUACGAAGAAUUAUGUUUGCUACUGUAGUGGAAAGACGAAUGGGAGCGAAUGCAUAUCGUAUGAGAAACGCAAUAUGGAUUGUUCCUAUUGCAUCAAUCAAGGUUAUUGCAUUCAAGGCAAUCUUCAAAAUAGAAGUGAUUUCGCUUGUGUUUGUCCGAAAUGUGUAUCGGGUGAUCUUUGCCAAUUUACCUUUAGUCGUUUUUCUAUUGAUUUCGAAAUGCUCAUCGAACGGACACAAGGUGAUUAUGUUCAUUUCAUUGGACCCAUGAUUUUCUUUUUCGUCGGAUUGAUAUUCAACGGUUUGGGUAUUAUCACGUUUAAACAACAAAAGGCACGAGAAGUUGGCACUGGUCUUUAUCUUCUUGCCAAUGGAAUCAUCAGUCAAUUUGUACUGGUGCUCUUGCUAGCUCGAAUUAUUUAUUUAGUUCUCGCUCAACAGAUGAUAAUCAAUGCUGUUGCAAACAGAAUUUUAUGCAAAAUAUUGCCCUAUUUGAUGACAGCAUUUAGCAAUACUAGCAUGUGGCUCAUGGCUUUUGUCACUGUCGAACGAGCAUUGAUUGUCACUUGGCCUACUCGAUUUCGAUUACUUCGUACGCCUCGAUUUGCCAUUAUUUUAAGUACUAUAACGUUUCUGGGCUUGUUUUCUUCUCUUUAUGCAUACAUCAUCGAAUAUAAAUUGGUCGUUCAUCCUGAUUAUAUAUAUGCCAGCUGUGUCAGAGAGAUUCCACUAAAUCGAAAGGUCAUUGUUCGAUAUACUUCUCUUGCACACCAAAUUAUUCCUUUUCUGAUUAAUUUCAUCGCUGGAAUGACGGUCAUCAUCAAUAUUGGCCGUUCAAAAGCGGCUAGUCAUCAUAUAUCACCUCGUAAUACUAUUGUUGAACAAGUUCGUCAACGAGCUGAUCUACUAGUUGGUCCGUUCAUCUGCUUUAUCUCAGCAUUGCCUCAAUUAAUCGUACUGUUUUUGGAUGCGUGUAUGUAUGAACAAAGUGCUUGGUUCGUCUAUCUCACUCUUGGAACCUACUACAUUUCAUUCAUGCCUCAAAUCAUUCUUUUUUUCAUCUUUGUGAUUCCAUCACCACUUUACAAACAAAUUUUAUUCACCGAAACAACACUUGGUAGACGUCUAGCCAAUUUUUUACAACUUCAAAACUUGCCAAAGCAUACUGGUAUCACUCGUUAUUAAUCUAAAAUACUGAGAUUCUGUACACUUUUAAUGCUUAGCCAAGAAAAUCAAAUAAACAUGCUUCAAAGAUUCUGAUCGUGUGUAGUUGUGCAUCAAAAUCGAAUUCGGAUUCGUAAUUCGACGUAAAGUCCUCAUAUUUGGGGGUGGGGGUGGGGCUAUGCUAAAACACAUCCACACCCAAACUCAUCACCCAGAUCCUUUAGAUUUGUUGUGUGUGAAGAUGAAGGAGAUAAAUACAAUAUUUUCAUCCUGACACUCCGUCUACCUUCAAGAUAUGUUAUAAUCAUCUGUAUUUUAUGUAAUUCUAUCGCUAAAAUAUUUUGUCAACAAAGUAACAUGUUAGCGAAGAUUUGUUGACUAACAACAUGAUUAACAUUCGUCCACAUCAAAUUAAUGAUAGAAAAAUCAGAGAUGUCCUCAAAGAACAGUUUUUUGUUUCGUCUGGUUUUAGUUGCUUGUUCUAACCUGCUCUUCUCUGAGAAAAAGAGGAUGCGAAUGUCAUAUGCAUUUUUCUUACAUACACACACUGGGAUCUUCAAUACGAUAUCAUUUAAAACAAUUCAGAAUUUUGAAAAGAUAAGUUCAUGAUUAGAAAAUGGUCGAAACAAUUCAUUCGCGGAUCACUAUUUUAUCAUUAUUUGAUUUAAAAAAUACAUCCUAACGGUCUACAGACACAUAAUGACGCAUUUUAAUGAGCAUUCUUGUAAUUAUUCAAUUGAAAAAAAAUGCAUCUGUUAGAAGAGAAUUUGUGAUCAUGUAUCUCACGCAGUUUUCGGCGCUCUAUCAAAAGAUUGAUUUUUAGUCUGACUUAUUCAAAAUGAACAUACAUUAUCUUCGUUGAAAAUUAUGCAAUUUAAUCAACAUCGUUCUGUUCUUACUAAGAACAAGAACUGUGACUAUCAUUUUAAGCAAACUAUUGCACAAAAUAAUUUUAAAUUGAUCACUAGAACACAAGAGUUCGACGACGUAAAAAAAAUGUCCUUAUGAUUCAGUGAUGGUUCAACGAAAAAAAAAAGGAAGAAACUGUGUAUCUAGUGAUUCAAAUCUAUAUUGGUCUCAUUCUCACAUAUGAUUAUGUAAGGUUCUUUCGAAACUAAUUCAUCAUCGUUUUGUAUACGUGUCAUACCAUGGCUUAACAAUAAAUGUUUAACUUUCCUUCUGUUGUUUGUCAAUUCAGUCCUUUCAUUUCCUCGAUUUUACUACAGACAGAAAGAAGCAAACUAACGCAAUGACUAAUUCGCCAUUACUUUCUAUUGGCAAUAAGUCAAUUAUUGCACUUGACUGUGAGGAUGUACUUCUCGACUAUCAAACAACAAUCCCACAAAUUUACAAAAAAAAUCUUUGGAAAACAAUUGACUCUUGCCUCGCCAAAAUAAUAUCAUGUAAGUAACGUACAAAUCAUUCUUUAAGUGCAUUGGAAACUUCUUUGCAAUGAAAUAGAAAUGAUUCUCUUCAUUUUCUUCUUCCCUGUAGGUCACGAUCAGAUAUGACGUCACAUUUACGCCUGAAGAAAGAUCUCAGUUGAAUAUGAUGUGGGAGGGUGUGGAUGGGUGGGGUUAUGGAUGUGUUCAAUGUUUUUUCACACACACAUCCCAUGCCUAUACCUUAAAUCCACAGGCGCACAUACCCACAUCUACAGCCACGCUUCACAUCCUCAUAAUAUCUUGUGGACUGCAUUCAUAACUUAAGGCAAUCAUGAAUCCUACCUUUCUGUUAUAUUAACUCAUACGACACUACUUUUUUGACUAUGAUAAAAUAAUCAAAUAGAGGCUAUAAAAUAUAGACAAGUUUGAAAUUUGUUGACUAUUCAAAAUAUUCUUAUUAUUUUGAGUCUAUUGAUUUUUCUUAGAACACUUAUAUUCAUUUAGAUCAUAAUGUGAACUUUCACUAGUGAAGAGUAUUUUUGAAUAUUUCGUACUAGAGCUAUUUAAUAUAUUUUAUCUAUAGGAUGGCACAAUUCAGUUCAACUAUAAAUGCUGUUAUCUCACAGUUGAACAAUAUUAUUUGGAAAACUCAAACACUAAAACGAAUGAUAUUCAUCUAUAAAGUUCUAAUAGACUUAUCUCGAAUGAAACUCAGUGCUAAGAAUCGAUAGGUUAAUUACUAAUAAUCAUAAAGUUGCAAUAUUAGUUCUAUUUAAGAAAAUAGAACCAUGCCGUAUUCAUAGUUCAUGAUUUUUAUGUUUUCCAUGGAGUUAAUUUUAAUUCUUGUCAAUUGAUGUUCAGAUAUUGAAUUAUAAUUUUUUGAUCUAAUGAUUGUCGACGAUAUACAGAUUGAAUGCAUUCUAGUUAAUUAUUUCUGAAAACAGAAAUCAUAUUACUUUAUAAUUUUAAAAGUAGUUUCGGAACGAGUCUUUUGUGGAUAUUUUCGGAUGGAAUAACUUUAUGCCACAUGAUACUGUUACAUAGAAAUUUAUAACAAAUCAUCUUCUGCAUAGAAAACCUGAUCACACCAUUCGAUAGAGCUCGUCGAGUUGUACUUGGAACCGUAUUCGAACGCUUGAAAAAGGAUCCUGGAAGAAUAUGGGAUGAUUUUACUAGAAUAUUCAUGGCAAUAUACCGGUAUAGUGGGAUUUUUAAAAGCAUAGUUUAGAUUUUGGAAAAACGGAUCAUAUCACUGAAUAGAGCUCAUCGAGUUGUACUUGUAACUGUAUUGGAACGCUUGGAAUAAGUUCU